AUGGCUCAAAUCUGGCUGGAUGUAGUCCCGUCCAGGUUCAGGUUUGGGACAGGUUUUGAGGAGCACCAUGUGCAGUUACACAACCAUGUGUCCCGCUCCGAGGACGAGGAGUUGUAUGUGGUUGUUCAAGGCUCUCGUCUAACUCACGUGGCAGCUGCUACAACAGGAGACGAUGGCCAAACAAUACACUUCAUAAUUCCAGGCCAUGAUCUCCCAGAAGCUGUGUCCGUCACACCUUACCGCUGCCUCGAGGGCCGGGUUGUGCGCUGUGAAGGUGAAUCUUCUGUCCAGUACGUUAAGGAUGUGGUCCAGGACAUGGCAGAAUACUUAAACUCAAGCAGCCAUGGACCUCCCAGUUAUCCGGACAUUCAGAAGAUCUUUUUUGAAUGGACGAAGCGAGACGGACAGUUUGGAGACAUAAGAGACAAGCUCAAAUUGUUGGAUGAGAAAAUAACGAUUGCAAUGGCCAACCUGGCUUACCCUCCGGAGUGGACAGAGCAGACAGGUCAACACCACAGAACAGCGUAUGAUUCUCAGCACAGCAAACAACUUCUGCACUUGGCCGAACACUUGGGUCUGGUCCAUCUUUCUGGUUUCGUCACGUAUCAACUAAAAAGUCAAAGGGCAUGGACUCUUCCCAAACAGGAUGCGGAGACUAUUCUUUCAAUCCCUCAGAGAGAAAAUCUCUCUCCGGAACCGUGUGUAGGUGUCUGCUGCAUUUGGUCCAACAGUUCUAGCAUUCUGAGGUUCUGUCCGGGAAAAAGCACGUUCACUCUCACCCUACGAAACUCGUCGGACAAAAGUUCCCACGAAACAAUCCUUUUGACCUUUCGAGAGCGACUUAAAGAUCCUUCCACUCUCACACGGGUCAGAGCUUGUAAAGUCUGCGGUGAUGAGGACCACGAAGGAACAAAGACUUUGAAUGGCACAGAUGUGCCACGGGAGUUGUGUGUUGAAGAGACCCAGAAGUACAAUGGCGUCAAAGAGCCUUCUGUUCCCUCGUUGGAUGCAGACCGGUUUGGAGUGUGCCCAUCCAUGCUAUCAGAUGCUGAGAAGAACUUCACCAAUGACCAAGACGACACUUCUGAGAGUGACUGUGCUGGUAAAACCCUGCACAUUUCUGGGGUGACAAAGACCGACAGUCAGUUAUGGGACACCGAGGACACAAGCCAUAACCCGAUGGACUGUUCUCCCGUGGACAUUGUUGAUCUAAGCCCGGGUCUAGUGGCCUUGGAGUUGACCAGUGAGGACGACAGCACAGAUACAACGUCACCAGUGUCUCCUUUUUUGCUCGAUGUUGACAAAAACAACGGCAAAGAUUCUAGUCCCUCCUCUCCGUUAACUUACACUCGCAGCCAGUCGGCCUCUUCUUGUGAACGCACUGCAAAAGAACCAAAGCAAGAUGUCAGACUACGCUCUUAUUCCUAUUCGUCCUCCAAAAUCGGCUUCCGUAGAGACCAGUCCGCCAGGGAUGUCAGUCCUGAUCACAUGGACAGCGUCAGUUAUGGCCGAUCUCUCCUUCAGGCCCUCUCUCUGUCUAAAUCUUUGUCUCUUCUGCAUUCUUGUAAGCAAAAACCCUCUGUGUCGGAACUGUCACACGAGAAAAGGGAGAUUAGUUUUCGCAGACGUGCCCAGUCUGCCGAGGACGCGUGCAGCCUUGAGCUGGUUCAGUCGCUACAACAUCUCACCCUGUCCGAGUUCCUCAAAGAGAUUGAAGAGGAGGAGCAGGACAAGUAUAACAUGCCGGUGAAGGUGGAGUCAGACAAACACAAAGUGAUCCGGACUUUCAGUUUCCUCAAGAGCAGAAUGUCCACCACACGCAAUAAAUCCAAGGGCAAAAAGGACAGAGAGGCCAAGCACAGGCAGCUGAAUGGACAUCGCUUCUCCACCGGCGCGUGUUUGGGGCCCAUCGUGUGUGUGGUGUGUGACAAACCAGCCACCGGAAAGGACUUUUUCCACUGCUCUGUUUGCACGGCUAUUGUUCAUAAAAGCUGUAAGGAGUCGAUCCCGCCGUGUCUAAAGACUUUUCAGAGUAAAUAUGCUGUUCCCAUGAUUAAGAACAAGACGGCAUCGCUCCCACAGAAUUUUACAGUUCGAGAAAGUCCUCCUCAGUUCUUCCCGUCUCCCUCUUGUUUACCUGCUGUGACACUGGACGAUAACAGAGACAUUGGACCACAGCCGGGCCCCUUUUUGAGAAGUCCUGAAAGACUCGAAAAUGAACUCUCAGAAUCAGAAUCGGAUUAUUCUAAAGCCACCAGCUCGACAGAAGAGCCUGCGACAACGCCCGGGUCCACGAGUGACUUUUUGUCUGAAGAUUGUGUAGACGCUUAUAUUUUUAAGGACAUCCUGUUGGAUGCGGCGCAGUACGAGGCAGAGUCAUGGAGCUCAUCAGUGGAUCACAGGUUCUGUAAGAAACAGGACAAAAAGUGUGUGAAGCGACAGGACGUCAUCUACGAGCUGAUGCAGACAGAGAUCCACCACCUGCAGACGCUGCAUGUGAUGGCCGAGGUGUUCAGGAGAGGAGUGAAGGAGGAGGUGCAGCUGGACGCCGAGGCGCUGGAGAGACUCUUCCCGUGUUUGGACCAACUGCUGCUGCUGCAUCACGGCUUCUUCUCUGCCCUGAAGGAGCGGCGGCAGAACUCACAGUCACCGGGACAGAACCCACAGUCACCGGGACAGAACCACUACCUCAUCCAGCAGAUCGGAGACGUGCUCCUGCAGCAGUUUUCAGACGAGAAUGGAAAGCGAAUGGCUCGUCUUUAUGGAGAAUUCUGCAGUCAUCACAUGGAAGCAGUGGGAUUUUUCAAACAACUUCAACUAAAUAACAAGAAAUUUCAAAACUUCAUCAAGCAACAAGGAAAUAAUUACCUGGUUCGGAGAAGGGAGAUCCCAGAGUGCAUCUUGCUAGUAACGCAGAGGAUUACAAAGUACCCCGUUCUGCUGGAGAGGAUCCUGCAGUACACUCUAGCGGACUCCGAGGAACACGCUGACCUCUCCAAAGCCCUGGCUCUGAUCCGAGAAGUGAUAGCAGAAGUGGAUCUCACGGUUUGUAACCAUGAACGCCACCAGAGGCUGCAGGAAGUGUGGACGCGCAUGGAGAACCGCAGCGCCGCUAAACUCAAGAACGGACACACUUUCCGCAAACAGGACAUGAUGAGGCCCGGACAGAAGCUCACGCAUGAGGGGGUGCUGCUCUGGAAGUCUGCCACGGGACGACUCAAAGAUGUCUUGGCCCUUCUUCUAACAGACACAUUAAUCUUCCUACAAGAGAAAGAUCAGAAGUUUGUCUUUGCCGCUGUGGACCAGAAACCCGCAGUCAUAGCACUGCAGAAACUAAUAGUGCGAGAAGUGGCCAAUGAGGAGAGAGGGAUGUUCCUGAUCAGCGCCUCCUCCGCGGGACCCGAGAUGUACGAGGUGCACACCAGCUCCAAAGACGAACGCAACACCUGGAUGAGGCUGAUCCGGGAGGCGGUGGAGAACUGUCCAGAGGAAGAGCAGGACUACACCAGCGAGUCCGAAGAGGAGAAACGAGCGGCCGAUGCUCGUAUACAAAAGAUCCAUCGGUUGCAAGAAAGUCUCAUGAGUUAUGAUCAUCAGAUUUGCUCCAGUUUAGAGGAAAAGCUGCAGCUCUACACUGAGCUUUCGGCUGUCAGUGUGAAGAACGGGAACGCACCCGAGCCCAGACUCCUGGUUCCACUGCAGGAGAACCCGCCACAGGCCACAGUUCUGCUCAGUGCUGCUCUGAGAGAAGCUGAAAAGUUGAAAAAGCUACUUUCACCAAAGACGUAUUCACCACCAGGAGGCAGCGUGGAGUCAGACUUUGAGACCAGUCCUGUUUCCCACUUGGAGGUUUCCUUCUCGUCUGCCACUGAUCCUGAGGCAAAAGAGAAGAUUUGGUCCAAAGACGACUCCGACUCGUUUUAUUUGAUGGAAACACAGAAAAAAGACAUGAACUCAAAGGUUUCUCAAAGUGUUCUAAGCCUGACACAGUUACUCUACAGUCUCAAGGCCGCAGUGACCCUUCAGGACAGCUGGUAUGAAGUCCAAAGACUGCUACAAUCAGAGAGCGAGCGCCCUUCCCCUCGCCCCCAGCGGCGCUCUCACUUCUCCAGCGUCCGAGGAAACACUCUGCAGGAACAAGAGAAACAGAGAAACCUGGAGAAGCGACGAGAGGAGGUGGCCACUGCUCAGAGGCUUCAGGAUCAACUACGGCAGGAGAAAGAGCGCUGGGAACGAGACUGUUGGACCAGAGAGGGCCUACAGCUGGAGCAAGAGAGGCGGAUAGAGGAGAGAGAGGGACUGUGCCACCUAGAGGCUGAAAGACUGCGGCGCGAGCGAGAAGAGCUGGACGCGCAGUUAGAGGAGUACCAGCAGAGUUUAGAGAGGCUCAGAGAGGGCCAGAAAAGUGUGAAGAGAGAACGAGAGCGCCUGGAGAACCGACACAAGAGGCUUCAGCUCUGCAAAGACCGUGACCAGCGAGACACCGGGACAACGCACAUGGUCAUACCGUUAGAGGCACAUUCGUCUGCAGACCCUGACGAUGAAAGCUCUGUAUUUGUCAAUGCGGCCAAUUCUGGCAUCAACAAUCGUCAUGCCAACCACAGAGAAAACGACCCCUCUACCCAUAACUGUCUGAACGUCCUGCUGGCUCGAUCCAACAGCAGACGGCACCCCAGCGCUCCGAGCACACCACACCCCGAGUCCGGCCCGGGCUGGGUGAUGGGCCCCGGAUACUUCAGCUCCCCAACAGGAGGUCUGGAGAACAAGCCAAUACCCAGCGAUCACAGAGACGGCUACAUCAGAGAGGCUUGGCCCACGGCGGCGGACUCUUGCUUCACGCUUUCACAUCACACUGACUCUUUACAGUUGUUUUCCGCCGCCGCCGACAGCAGCGGAGAGGAGCCCAAAGAGGAGACCGUUGUGUACCUCUGA